CCCAUCUUAACAUUCCCUGCCCUUCCAAAGACCUACACAUUUCCUAGAGAACAAACCGCAAGCCGAACAGAUAUCACAAACAAACAUGGCUGGAAUCGACCCUUACGCCGCAGCUCCCCCAAAGAACCUCAACACGACCGAACGAGUCACCUUUGACCACCCAAAGACCCUCUCCAAUACCACCCUGAGCAUCAGCCCCCGUUCCUUAGUCUACCCAGCUGGGAGUGAAGUCGUCUCGGACAAGCUUUACUCGGGAUUCAUCGAACAUCUAGGGAGGGGGAUUUAUGGAGGGAUCGUCGAUGAUGAUAAGAACCCGAGUGACGAGAAGUUGUUGGUCAAGCAGGACGAUGGGACCGAGUUGACCAAGGGGAGGUUGGGGUGGAGGAAGGAUGUUAUGGAUGUGAUCGGGAAGGAGGGGGAGUUGGAGAUGCCUAUGCUGAGGUGGCCCGGUGGAAACUACGUAUCCAACUGGCACUGGCAAGACUGCGUAGGACCCAUCCAGGACCGUCCCAAACGUAUCGAACUCGCCUGGUUGUCAGAGGAAUCGAAUCAUUUUGGAUUGAACGAGUUUGUUGAUUAUGCACGGGGGUUGGGGGUUGAGCCGUACUUGUGUCUGAACAUGGGGACGGGAACGUUUGAAGAAGCGCUCAGUCUGUUGGAAUAUUGUAACGGGAAGGGCAACACCCACUGGGCUAAUUUGAGGCGAAAGCAUACGGGAAGGGACGAGCCCCAUGAUAUCAAGCUCUGGGGUCUCGGUAACGAGAUGCACGGACCUUGGCAAGUCGGCCACCUCUCCGCCGCCGACUACACCAAACAAGCCGCCCGGUGGGCCCACGCGCUGCGUCUGGUCGACCCGUCCAUCAAGCUCGUCUCGUGUGGCAACCAGGGCAACUCGGAGUGGGACCGUGAAGUCCUCCAGGGGUUGAUCGGGGUGUGUGAUUAUCAUUCGAUCCACUUUUAUUCGAUGUUGGGUCACGAGAGGUUUGCGGGGCCUCCGGGGUUGGAGUAUGAGAAGAACGUGUUUGGGCCGAUCGCCGCCGAGAGGGGUAUCGAGAUCUGUUCCUCCCUCAUCGACCUGGCCAAGAUUCACCAUUCCCUCAACCCGGAUCAGUACAAGUUCGGUCUUCCGGACAGUAUGAGCAUCAACAGUGGGAUCUUGAAGCGGGAGAUGAAGAUCUGUUACGACGAGUGGAACGUAUGGGACGAGACCAAAGCCCCCGGCUCCGUCGGUCUCGAACAAUCGUACGAAUACGUCGACAUGCUCGGCGUCUGCGCCUGGUUGAACAUCUUGGUCAGGAAGUCCAAGGAUGUGGGGAUCGCUUGUAUCGCCCAGAGCGUCAAUGUCAUCUCACCGGUGAUGACCAGCCCUACCGGAUUGCUCUUCCAGACGACCUACUACCCCUUGCGACUGUUCGCCAAGUACAUGAAGGGCGGUGAAUUGCUCAACCUCGGGUUUACGCCUGAUGCCUACACCGGACCCACCUACCCAGUCUGGAUCCAACACCUAACGAAACCCGCUUACGUCGACGUCGUAGCGAUCAUCGUUCAUAAACCCUACAACGAAAACAGCAACAGCAAGAAGGCUAGGGCUAGUAUCCGAUUGAGCGUUCUGAAUAGGCACCCGGAGGCUGCUUGGGAGGGGGUUUUGAGGUUUGAUCAUUUCGAUGUGGAGGGCGUCGAGGUCCACUCGAUGUACCAUGACGACAUGUCCGCCGUGAACACGUUUGAGAAGCCCAACGAGGUCGUACCUACCGUUGAAAAGCUGGAGGGCAAGCAAUGGAAGGGGACCUACACCGUCAAGAAGCACUCGUGGAGCUUCUUCAUCUUCGAGGGAACCGUUCAGGAGUGAGCCUGGAACAGACAUAUAGGAUAUCAGGGGAUUCGAGCUUGUACAAUUUUGGGAAUUGAGAGAGCAAUCAGAUUGACAAAAUGGUUGGCUGCGG